AUGUUAACAUGUGAUUCUUACUCCUCCGUGACACCUGAUCCCUUUCCUCAUGUUUUAGAGGUCCUUGUUAACUCUGUUGUCUAUAUUUAUUGUGAUGUGAUGGGUCCAUCAAUCAAUGGACUAGAUUCGCUACUGAAGAUGCCAUAUGGAUGUGGUGAACAGAACAUCCUGAACUUUGCUCCCAAUAUAUUCGUACAGAAAUACCUAAAAGUUACAAAUAACCUAACACCAGACCUAGAAAAGAAAGCUAAAGAAUACAUGAUCAAAGGUUACCAGAGGCAGAUGACAUAUGUCCAUCCAGACGGAUCAUACAGCGCUUUUGGCAAGAGUGACGCUUCAGGUAGUACUUGGUUGACUGCUUUUGUUGUGAAGUCGUUCGCUCAGGCCUCAGAUUUUAUCACCAUUGACGAGAAUGUGGUAAGGGAUGCCGUAACCUGGCUCAUUUCUCAACAAAACAAAAAUGGAACCUUCAGAGAACCAGGCAUAGUCAUAAACAGCAGAAUGCAGGGCGGCUCAGCAGCAGGUGAGAGGACUCUCACGGCGUUUACUCUUAUCGCUCUCAAAGAAGCAGAGAACAUGCAGGGG